AUGUCUCUGCCCGGCUCUGAAACACCAGAGGAUGGACUUUAUGGUUCCUGGGUUGAGCUGGAGGAGCUGAUCUCAGCCGUGAGUCGCAGGGAGAGUCUGACAGGACCGCAGGACAACAUCUCCUCCACCUUGCAGGGGGAGCUGGAGAGGAUACUUCUGGAGGCACAGCUGGAGUGUGAAAGGAGUAGAGACAGUCCUCCACCAGUGAUGACUCCACAGUCCACUGGUUCCUCCAGACCCACCAGUGAGCAUGAUAGUGACUGCGUCACCAUACAGGAAGAGGCAGAGAGGCGAGGGGACACUGAGUGGGUGUGGGAUUGGUCCAGCAGGCCUGAAAACAUGCCACCGAAAGAGUUUGUGUUUCAGCACCCGAAACAGCAGAGUUCCCUCAGCGUUAGGAAGACAGAAGUGAUGAAAAGAAGAAUAUUCUCCUCUGAUGUUCUCCUUAUCCUUGUUCCCUCUCUGCUGGCUUCACACCUGCUCACACUUGGAGUCGGUAUCUACAUAGGAAAGCGUUUAGCCGCUUCCACAGCCAGCACGCUGUGAUGUCGGCUGUAGGCCAAUGUUCCUGUCUGGCCAACAUGGUCACAGUCCACACUCUUUCCAACACUACUUUGCCUCCUUCCCUUUACACGAGGCAAACAUAGGACCUGCCUAUAUGUCUUUUCUGUCAGCCUUUCUUGUCAAACUGUACAUGUGGUAGGGCCCAAGGAGUGGAUGGAUGUCAACCAAAAAGACCCAAUGAGGUCACUAUUACUCUUCUGCAGAGUAACACUGAUCUCAACAGGUUAUGGCAUAAUCAGAGGGAGGGGAUUGCUCAGAUACAAGGGAAAGGAGAGCAAGCGAACAAAGCAUCCUUUUGAUAAAGGGAGAUGAAAACGGUUCGAUGGGAACAGAGCGUUCUGAUGAAAUGAGGUAGAUAAUAUGUGGUAGACUUUUCCCCCAGUCUUUGAUAAAG